AUGUCUCAGCCUCAAGACAAGCACGAAGCUCAGCUAGCUGCUGACGAGGGCAGUAUUGCUUCCUCAAAAACAAGUCUUCGCGACUCUAUAAUCGAUUAUCGCAUUGAAAACGGCCGAACAUACCAUCGUUACAAAGAGGGCAAAUACAAUCUCCCGAAUGACGACCAGGAAAACAGCAGGCUUGAUUCAAAUCAUCAGCUGUGGUUGAUCACUCUUGAUAACAAACUCGGUGUUGCCCCGCCCUGCGAAAAAGACUCGACAGUCGGCCGAGUGCUUGAUGUCGGCACUGGCACAGGCAUCUGGGCCAUUGACUUCGGAGACGAACAUCCGGAAGCUGACGUCUACGGAAACGACCUAUCCGCCGUUCAGACUACUCUCGUACCGCCAAACGUCAAGUUUGAAGUUGAUGACAUCGAAGACGAGUGGACAUACUCUCGUCCAUUUGAGUACAUCCAUAGCCGGCUCAUGACUUCCAGUCUCAGUGACUGGCCCGUGUUCCUGAGGCGUUGUUUUGAUAAUCUGGAGCCUGGCGGUUACCUCGAAUUAAAAGAAACCGACAUCAUUCCACGAUCUGACGAUGACACCCUCAAUCCCGCGCAUGCGAUCAUGAAAUGGGCUAAUCUCCUUCUGCAGGCGUCAAUCAAGCUUGGGCGGCCCUACAUGGAGAUCCCAACUUUGAAGCAGCUCAUGAUAGACGCAGGCUUCGAGGAUGUCACAAUGCACGUCUAUAAGUGGCCUACUAAUGGGUGGCCUAAGGACUCGAGACAUAGGGAGAUUGGCAUAUGGAACUACGAAAAUACAAUGAUGGGCUUAGAAGGCUACACGAUGGCCCCGUUAACGCGCGCUCUGGAUUGGACGCCAGCAGAGGUUGACGUCUUCCUCACUGAUGUGCGCAAGGACCUCAAGGAUCGAAGCAUUCAUGCCUACUGGCCCCACCUUCGCGAAUCCGUGCAGGACUACCUUGUGGAGAAUGGGCGCACCUAUCAUCGGUACAAGGAAGGCAAAUACAAUUUGCCCAACGAUGAGAGAGAGAAUGACAGAACAGGUCAGACUAUUCCAUUCACCUCCGUUGGCGUAAUUGACCGAAGCACAGACAUGAUCCAUGCCCUGUGGCUUCUCACGCUUGAAGAUAGGCUUGGGCUCGCUCCUCCAUGUGAUCUUGAGACCAAGGUCGGCCGAGUUCUCGACGUUGGCACAGGCACGGGAAUAUGGGCAAUCAACUUCGCAGACGACCACCCAGAAUCUGAGGUUCUUGGAAACGAUCUUUCGCCGAUUCAGCCAGGCGAUGUGCCGCCCAAUGUGCGGUUCGAGGUCGAUGAUAUCGAUGAUGAAUGGACAUUUUCACAGCCAUUCGAUUACAUCCACAGUCGAGUUAUGACCUCAAGUAUUGCCGACUGGCCUCAAUACCUAAAGAAGUGCUUCGACAAUCUCAAACCCGGCGGUUAUCUCGAGCUUCAGGAAGGCGAUCUCUUCCCCACAUCGGACGAUGGGACUCUUUCAAAGGAAAGUUCAUUGAUGAAGUGGGCGGACCUCUUGUACGAUGCUUCAGUCAAAUUCGGCCGCCCAUUUGUGCAAGUCCCUUCACUAAGGCAAGCUAUGAUUGACGCUGGCUUUGAGGACGUCACCAUGAGCACUUAUAAGUGGCCAUCUAAUAGCUGGCCGAGGGAUGUUCAUUUUAAGGAGCUCGGGAUGUGGCAGAGGGAGCAAAUGCUCAGCGGGCUAGAGGGGUUCAGCUUAGCUCCUUUGACACGUGCCCAUGAAUGGACACCCACGGAAGUAAGCGUCUUUCUCAUCGACGUUCGAAAGGAUAUCAACGACAGAAAUAUUCACGCAUACUGGCCGCCUGGCGAUGAUGAUUCCCGAUCGGAAAUUGGAAGUAGCGUGGCUUCUUCAACCACCAGUCUUCGGCCUUCACUUCGGGAUUAUCGUGAGGAAAAUGGCCGGACGUACCACCAAUACAAGGACGGCAAAUACAACCUUCCAAAUGACGACAGAGAGCUGGAUAGGCAGGAUCUGGAGCACCAGUUAUGGCUUCUUACCCUGGACGACAGGCUCGGUCUUGCCCCGCCGUGCCAGCCGAACGCCAAGGUCGGUAGAGUACUCGAUGUCGGAACAGGAACAGGAAUCUGGGCUCUGAACUACGGUGACGAACACCCAGAGGCUGAGGUCUAUGGAAAUGAUCUUUCUCCGGUUCAGCCCGGCCACGUGCCGCCUAAUGUCAGAUUCGAGGUUGACGAUGUAGAAGACGAGUGGACCUUUUCUCGCCCAUUCACGUACAUCCAUAGCAGAGUAAUGACCUCCAGCAUCAGCGAUUGGCGCCUCUAUCUGCGUCGCUGCUUUGACAACCUCGAGCCUGGUGGCUGGCUUGAACUUCAGGAGCUCGACUGCGUCCCGCGCUCCGAUGACGGAACCCUCACUACGGAAAGCCCCCUGAAUAAAUGGGCUGAUCUUCUUGUUGAGGCAUCUGAAAAGCUCGGACGUCCUUACGUCCGAAUUCCCCCGCUCAAGGAUCUCAUGGCUGAAAUCGGGUUCGAGGAAGUGGUCAUCUACAUGAACAAGUGGCCCACGAAUAGCUGGCCUAAGGAUUUGAAGUUCAAAGAGCUGGGAAUGUGGCAAAACCAGAGCAUGAUGGAAGGGCUCGAGGGAUUUACCAUGGCGCCUUUCACGCGCGCGCUGGAGUGGAAGAAGGACGAGGUCAACGUUUUCCUCAUUGAUGUCCGCAAGGAGAUCAACAACAGGGAAGUUCACGCGUACUGGCCUAUAUACUUCAUCAUGGGUCGCAAGCCUUUGAAGGAGCAGACGCCGGCUCCGGCCUAA